CUUUGGGGUCCGGUCCUCCCUAAGAAAAGAAAGGAAGCUGAAUAGAAGCUUCCUAGUUCCUACUCCAACAACAGCCCACCCACAAAAAAUUCAUACCUGUUUGAAUCUUGCUUUUUGGUAAAUACUUAAAAACCUUCCUUCUUUCUGCAAUCAAACCAUUCUUCUCUUAUGAUUUCCUUUUUCCUGCUGUUCUCACAAAUUAAGAAAAGAAAAAGGAAAAAGGGCUCUUAGUGACAAUUUGAGUUUUUGAGGGUUUUGGGCUGGAAUGGGAUCUUCAAGUGAGGAUGAAGACUCUGAUGAUGCCAUCAAUUUGAAUAAGAAGAGAAGGGUCUGUGAGGACAAUGAAGGGGAUGGUUCUGAGGGUAAGAAACUCAAGAUGUUGGGUAAUAAUUAUGAUGAAUUUAAGGUUCUUGAAAAGUCUGGCGAGAAGGGGGAUACAGGAUAUGAGGAAGAGAUCAAUUCAAGUUCAAAGAAAGUUUCUUUCUGUAAAGGAAUCGAUUUUGAUCUUAAUGUGACUGUUAUUGAGUCUGGGGAUGAUGAUGAUGAGCCAUUGCCUGUGGAUGCUGACAGAACUAUUGAAGUUAUUGACAUUCCAUCUUCUGAUGAAAGUGAGGAUGAAAAGCUGAAAGGGGAUGUUGUAGAAGAAUUUGAUCAUAUUGGAUUGAGACUAGUGGAGGGAGAUUUCGGUGGAAAGAGCUCGCGGAAAGAGAAAGGACAAGCUAAAAUUGUAGAUGAUUCUUGGUUGUCACUAACUAAUGAAAGUAUUAGUCCAAUUGAGUUUGAGCUGCACGGAGGAAACCAAGAAGUAAUUUAUCAGUCGAAUAAUCCAAUACUAGAAAACCAUUAUUCCAUUGAUUUAGAGUCAUCAGAAGAAAUUCCAAAGGAAUCAUUUCAGUUUGAGUUGCUACCUGCACAGCACUGGAAUGCAAACCCAAUUAUGAGACAGGCCGAGCAGGCUAGAUAUGCAAGGGGGAGAGCUAGCCGACUUGAGUGGCGAGAAAGGGCUCGAAGAUUUGCUCAGGCGGAGUUUUCUGUGAUGGCUUCUUCUAGCCAGGAAAAGGCAUCACCAGUGGAAAAUGAUAGUCAAUUAGGAAAGCGUCCUGGUCCAUUUUCUGAUGCACUGAAGAGUAUUAGGGAACGAAUGCUUCAAAAAAAUAAACAACUUAUCGAAUGGAAACCCUCUGGCAAGGGGUGUGAUCUGCUAAGAUCCCCUUUACCUUCACUGGUGGAUCUUUCGGUGAAAGUUCUGGCAGAAAAUGCUGAGGCGAUAGUUUCACUUGAACUUAUUCCUGAUUCUUUGAGGAAAAAACUUGCCAAUGUACUGUGCAACCGCAGAGGAAUGAAUAUACGCACUUUUGAACUUUUUGUUAGUGGAUCUCCGACAGAGAUAUGCAUAAAAGACUCUUCAUGGCUAACACAAGAACAACUGAUUGCAACAUUUAGAAACUUUGACGCAAGUAAUUUGACAGUUCUUCAACUAGAACUAUGUGGGCAAUGUACACUUGAUAAUCAUGUAAUAAGAGAAUCUUUACUCUGGUCUUCCAAUAGCUUGCCUAAACUUCAAGUAUUAUCCCUAAAGGGUGCAGCUCGUUUAUCUGAUGAUGGACUAAAAGCUAUUGUAACAUUGACACCUCUACUGAAGUCCAUUAAUUUGAGUAAAUGCUCCCUUCUAACCCAUGAUGCAAUCGAUGCUCUGGCCGACACUUUAGGAUCAAUGUUGAGAGAGCUCUACAUUGAUGGCUGCCAGAAAAUGAAUCCAACACUUACCACCGCGUUUAAGGAGUUCAGUAAUUUGGAAGUGUUAUCAGUUGCAGAAUCACCAUAUGUUUCUGAUGAUUUUCUUGAUCGCGUUAUGACUAUGUAUACAGAAAACAUUAAGGAGCUUGAUCUUGCUGGUUGCUCGGCUUUGACAGAUGUGUCUCUGCGGAUCAUUGCAAAUGCCUGCACCAGUUUACGCUCAUUAAAUAUUUCAAACCUGGAUAUACUGACAAAUGAUGGAUUACAAUAUCUUGCUGAUGGUUGCAGACAACUACAAAUGCUCAAACUAUGCCGUAGUAAUUUCAGUGACGAGGCAAUCGCUGCUUACUUGGAAGCUUCUGGAAAGUCUUUGCAGGAACUUUCCCUCAACAGUGUUACUUCGGUAAGAAUAUACUAUGAUCAAAACUAUGUGCGUAAAACUGUCAAACAUCUAUACAUCGUAAUUGUGGUCAUUUGCAAUUAGCUGCACAGUUGGGAUAAAGUUGAUCUGGUCACCUAGUAUCUUGAUGAGAAACACUAACAAAUUCAAAUGUCAGAUAGUGCAAGAUCGACGGCAUUUAGUUAAUUGUUCCUUGGUCAUCAAUUAUUUGUUUCAGGAUACAAUCUACUUUUUGCUAAACAAAUUUUGGUUAUCAAGAUGUUGAAAAUAUCUUUGGAUAUUUUAUGAACUCUUAUAGUAUACAUGGAUAAUCAUGUUCAAGGGUUUCUCUUUAUGUUCUUCUGUAAAGUCUGCUUCAUUUGAUGGUGUUAAUGGUCUAUAGUUUCCUUUUUCAUUUCAGAGACUUUAUCACAAAAAGAUGAAUAAGGCAAUCGCUGAAAUGCCUAUCCAAUUUAGUAUUCAAAACCAUAUGGUAUGGUAACAUGGAACACACAUUUUCCAACACAUUUUGUAUUUGCUUUUUUAACAAAAUUGUUACAAAUAAGCCCUUAUGCAAUAAAGCCUCGAAAGUGAGAUGUAAGAAUGUGCUUGUCAACUUUUAGGCGUGCUCCAAUGUAAUGUGAAUUGGAAAUUAGUAUAUAGCCGUGACAUUACUACCCAAGAAUCUGUACUGAGAAAAACAGAUUCUUUUCUAGAGUCUGCCAUUGUUUUGUCUCGUUUACAUUGAUUCUUGAUGUAUUUUAUUACUGUUGAAUCAACUUGGGCUUGAUGAUUGGCAGGUUGGUCCCUGCACUGCCUUUUCACUAGCCAAAUGUUGUACAAACUUGUCGCAAUUGGAUUUAUCGUGGUGUCGCAAGAUAACGACUGAGGCACUUGGGGUGAUAGUUGAUAGUUGUUCAUCGCUGAAGCUGAUUAAACUCUUUGGUUGCUCCCAGGUAUUUCCACCCUGACUUCUGUUCAGUCACAUUUCAUCAGUGCCUUACAAUUAUGUGCUGACAUGUACUUUGGUGGGUUUUGUAAUUUCAUGGUUGGCACAGUAACAAGAAGUGGUCAUAUUUGGAAUUGGAUGAAAAACUGAAGUUCGAAAUCUGACCAUUUCUCAGUGGAAGUUAAAUCAUGACACCCAGGAAUAAAAAUCUGCCCGUUAAACAUGUUUCUACAUCAAGAAAGAUUAAUUUUCUGGUUUAAUUGGUAGCUUGAUUUGUACUAGUGUAAUUGUUACGCAUGCCAACUUAGAUUUAGGUCACAAGAAUCAUCGAUAUACUGCAACCACCAGGAACAUUAGGUUUUGCUGUUCGAAGUUGAAAAGGUUUCGCUGUUAGGCCAUGGGAUGCUUGGAUGAUUCAGAUUAUUUGUUCACUUGGCUCCUUUUCAACGUUCUUGUGUUUUUUUAUCUAUAGUGACCUUAAAUAUGCACAUUUUCCUUGCAUACGAACCUCUGUCAAGAUCUUCAUCUGGGGUAUUCAGAACAUAACAUUGUUUUUGUGAUGCUUUUGCAGAUUGUUAGUGAAUUUUCAACUAGUCACGCAAAUCCUCAGCUGCAGAUUAUUGGUUUGAAAUUGACACCAAUACUUAGAAGCUCAAAUCCUAAUGAUUCUUAGGCAGUUAUAGCUUAGCUACUAUUCCAGUCAGAAAUUCUUUUGUAGCCUAAUGGAAUGAAUAGAUACAUUAGGGUUUGUCAGCUUCCAUUGAAGCAGAAUGAUUAGCAAGAGGACACAAUGAGAACCCAAAUUUGAUUGUUAUUUCCUGCAUAUAAGAAUCGAGAAGGAAGAUACCCCUUUAUUUUUCUCUUUUGACGUAAGUCAGGUUACUUUGAAUCUUCUUUCUUUUUUCUUUUAUUUAUUUAUUUAUUUUCUUC